CAAAAUGAUACAAGGAAUGAAUCUAAUAAACAACGUCGCAAGAACUACUAGGUUGCCAUCGACGACUGCUUCUUUUAGAACGUUUAGACACAUCCACAAUACAGCUGCAUGGCGCAAACCAAAUUCAGCGCGCGCAGACGAGAAAGCAACGUCAAGCUGGCCAGAAGGAAGCUCAUCACACCCGCACACUGACUACCAUCCCGUCGAGGGACGUGAAGGCAAGACAGCUCGUUUGAUCUUCAGAAUCAAGCCUAGCGAUAUCCCAACCGAGCUUUUGCCACUCUUUGCAGCAGUCGGUUUGGCCGUUGUUGGUGCUACUGGUUAUGGUGUAUACGCAUUGAUCAACGACAAAACGCUCAGAGUGCACAACCAGCCUGAACGUCGCAAAUAAAUGACUAUUAAUUAAUGUUGUAACGAUCUAACGAAUAUCUUAUUCCUUUUUCUUGAGUUCUUUUGGCUUUCCCGGCUCUGCUGGUUUCUUGAUACCGUAAUCAUCAGUUAACCUCCAGCUUAGAGGGUUUAUUAAACUAGUCUCCGGUCUGAACACACCUAAGACUUUCAUUACACCUUUGAAUAUUAUUACUGUUAGUACACAUCCUAUUAUUUCGAGCAUCCAGCGAGUUACUUGGUGUUCUAACAAAAAGGCUUGAUUAUAGUAUUGCAAGUAAGCGUUUAUACCAGCAGUUACUAAAUACAAUGGCACACUGCUUCGCAUAACCUUUACAUCAUCCCCUGAUAACUUUCUAAACAUCUUCUC